AGAGCGGCCCGGAAGUGCCCGGCUGAAGCGGCCGGGCGCUGAUUGGUGUCUUUGAGUCUAGUCUUUGUUCGGGGCUGUCCAAAGGAUGCUAGCUAUUGCACCUGUUCCUCCCCGCGUGUAAGAUAGAGGAUAAAUCUCCUGACAAAGCCCAGAAUGACCACAGCCCUGGAACCUGAGGAACGAAAAGGACUUCCGAUAAUUAAGGCAGAAGACCAUUACUGGGGACAGGAUUCCAGCUCACCAAAGUGCAGUCCUCACAGGAGGGAACUCUGUAGACAGCACUUCAGGAAGCUGUGCUAUCAGGAUGCACCUGGACCCCGUGAAGCUCUUACCCAGCUGUGGGAGCUCUGCCGUCAGUGGUUGAGGCCAGAAUGCCACACCAAGGAGCAGAUUUUAGACCUGCUGGUGCUAGAACAGUUCCUGAGCAUUCUUCCUAAAGACCUGCAAGCAUGGGUGCAGGCACACCAUCCAGAGACUGGAGAGGAGGCAGUGACUGUGCUGGAGGAUCUGGAGAGAGAGCUUGAUGAACCUGGAAAGCAGGUCCCAGGCAAUUCAGAAAGACAGGACAUACUCAUGGACAAGUUGGCCCCCUUGGGAAGGCCAUAUGAAUCACUGACUGUCCAGCUCCAUCCCAAGAAGACCCAACUGGAGCAGGAAGCUGGGAAACCACAAAGGAAUGGCUGUUUGCUUCUCAAACAUACAAUAGGACCCGUUUGUGUACUGUUUGUUUGUUACAGGUGAUAAAACUAGGACUAAGAAUGAAGAGUUGUUCCAGAAGGAAGAUAUGCCCAAAGACAAGGAAUUCCUUGGGGAGAUAAAUGACAGACUGAACAAAGAUACUCCUCAGCAUCCUAAGUCCAAAGAUAUUAUGGAAAAUGAGGGUAGAUCAGAAUGGCAACAGAGGGAAAGAAGACGAUAUAAAUGUGAUGAAUGUGGGAAAAAUUUCAGUCAUAGCUCAGACCUUAGUAAACACAGGAGAACUCACACUGGAGAGAAGCCCUAUAAAUGUGAUGAGUGUGGAAAAGCCUUCAUUCAGCGCUCACAUCUCAUUGGACAUCAUAGAGUACACACUGGAGUAAAACCCUAUAAAUGUAAAGAAUGUGGGAAAGAUUUCAGUGGGCGCACAGGUCUUAUUCAACAUCAGAGAAUCCACACAGGUGAAAAACCCUAUGAAUGUGAUGAGUGUGGAAGACCUUUCCGAGUAAGUUCAGCUCUUAUUAGACAUCAAAGAAUUCAUACGGCAAAUAAACUCUACUAAUAUAGUAGUGAUAUCAAAAGUUCUUUAGACACUCAGGCCUAACUAGUUAUCAGAGAAUCUAAUUUAGAAACCUUGAGUUUCCUCAAUGUGGUCAAAGCUUCAGUCAUCAUUAAACUACUCUGG